GUUUACAAGUUAAUCAUGAAAUAAUUCCUACAUGACACUGAAUCAUACAUCAUAGAAAAUUUUCAGCAAACAAAAACAUCAUGACACUACACGGAACUCUACCUAGAUCUUUCAUGUGGCUAAUCAGGAAACCCAUAGAAUUAUUUAAACCAAUGAAUAUACAAACAUCUGGAAAAAGCUAUAUAGUAGGCAAUCGUUUCAGACAGUAUUCCAUUGAAGAUUUGGAAAGGAUCAAACUUAAUUUCUCUUUGGCAAACAAGGAUAUUUUAGGCAAAAUGAAUAUGGCCGAGUUCAACUAUUUCAUUUCUCUGUCUACAGGUCGAAAAUGGGCAGGACAUGAUUUAUCCAAGCUGUUCAAAAAACUCGAUAUCAAUAGAGACGAAUACAUCUCAUUCACAGAUGUUAUGGACCAUUUGAAUAAAGCACAAUAUGAACAAACGAAGAAUACUUUAGCUUAUGCAUUCUGCAAGUUCGAUAAGGAUUAUGACAAUCUUAUGCAUUUACAUGAACUGAAAGAGGCCCUUUUUUAUCUAGGAUUCUUUCAAGCAGGAGAUAAGAAAGUUGAUCAGUUCUUUUGCGCCAGGGACAAGAACAACGACGGAAGGAUCACCUUUGAAGAAUUCGUAGCCAUUGUAAAGGAGGAUAUGGCGGGAUUAUUUUCAAGGGGGAUACCUAAGCCAGUCACUCAGUCACGGAUAUCUUGCAAACCAAGAUGCAGGUUGAAGAAAAAAAUUUUCAUAAAAACAAUAAAAAAAGAAUUUCCUAAAGGAACUUUAAAACUUUAAAACAAAAAGAAUUUUCUUAA